CCUCCUCGCUGUUCUCAGCCGCCACCUGCCACUGUGGGCCUGCAGCUUCAUCCAGCUGCAGCAGCUCUGGAUCCAGUUGCCAAGUUGGUUAUCACCCAACCGAGAAGCAACCACGAGAGACACUGACCUAAAGCAGUAGAAAGCUGAAGACACGGCGAGUGGCAGCAGUCACCAUGAUCGACCUGAGUUUCCUUACUGAGGAGGAGCAGGAGACAAUCCGGGCCGUGUUAAAAAGAGACGCUGAGCUGAAGAAGACUGAGGAGCAGCGCGUUCGGAACCUCCAGAAGACAGUGAGGGAUAAGGGCCGGCUAAGGUACAUGACCGGAGAAUGGUUCUAUGAAACCAAGCAGCUACGACAUCAGGAUCGCAUACAUGGCUCCGAGAUCAUCAGGGCCUCUAUGAAACACUCCCAUAAGCCGCUGACCAUACUGGAGCUCUCCCAGCUUAUUCCUGAGAAGCCACGUUCUGUCAGCAGUGAGAACAAAGAUUUCGUCCCACCUGCACUCUGUGGAUUCCUUCAAGAGCAGCACAGCGAUGAGAGGUAUGAAAACAUAAAGGCAUGUGAAAUCCUAGAACAUACACCUACGCCAAUUUUACAUUCACUUACAAAACAAAGACAAAACCCAUUCAACAGCGACAUAAUUGAAAGUCACAGUUUUGAAAACAAGGACAGUUCGUUAAUGGACGGAGCAGUGGAUCUAACCCAGACACAACAUGAGGAGCCCUUACCUUCAUUUGACAGCUGCUUUUCAUAUACUACUAACCUUAAGCAAUACCCUAGUGAUAGACCAAUCACCCAGAAUGCCUCUAUUCUGAUGCCAAUGAGUGAAAAAAGAACAGUCCCCAGCUCUCGGGACUGCUUUGUUGAGGAAGAAGGGCCAGGAGGUCAGCAGACUAGCUCUGCUGUUCAACAGGGCAUCCUCAAGCACUUGUCCGCUUUUAGCUCCACAGACUCUUUGUUGUCUUGCCUGGACCUGCAGAGUGCAAUUGGCCUAAAUUCUCCCACCGACAAGUGGAUUGACAGCAAGCAGGUGAGGUUCAGCUCCAUGGUCAGUCAGAGUGGAGUGGAGUGGCAAGACAGAAAACAGCUGGGAGAGAACAGUUUGCUGGACAUUGACUCCUUCACUCCCUCUGAGGUAGAAAUAAAGUGUGAACUUGAGGAUACUGGCAAGGCCACUGUUUGCACACAUAGGCCUUUACUCAAUCCGAGUCAGGUGGAUUUACAGGAAGGAGACCUCAAUUGCAAAACUCAGGCAAACACCCAGGAAGCUGGUCAACAACAUAUUGAUAUCUCGGAGCACUGUAUUUCAGAGUUCUCAAGCCCUGCAGUGUCCAAACUAAUUUUGGUUGAGCAGGAGUCAGGAAAGCUGGUUCAGCUGGAAACAGACCAUCAUUCUGAGACUACCUCUACGGACUGGAUAACUGGAUGCAACAUUCAUCACCCAAAGCUGCCUGAAGAAAGAGCCAACGUCACUGUUGAGGACCCUUUAGCUAUCAAGCCGUCUCAUUAUGGCUUAACGGGUUCAUCUUCUACUGUUUCACCAAAGCCUAGACAACGACUGCUUCGAAUCUUUAGAGGAGAAAAAGAGAAAACUGCGGAAGUACACAGUCGAAAAAAAGAAGAGGUGAAGAUAGCUAUGCAGAAGGAACCAGGCAACACCCAGAAUCUUUGUCAAGGUGCGGCAGGUAGGACCAUAGACAAACCUGCAAGUGUCAGACAAGAAGCUAAACCCUCUGAAACCACAGAGGUCAGAACACUACAAGUUACCUCACGUCAGGAUACACAAUUUAAAGAAACAGUGACCUCAGCAGAUACAGACUCUCACCAGGAGGCGACAGAAAGUAUGGUUAUUCAGCUUUCGGAGAGACGAUCCAAUAUGAAAGCUUUCUGGGAGAGAGAAAACAGUGGUCCCAAAAUAGUAUUUACAGAAGAGGAAAGGCGAAAAGAUAACUACAAGAGUGGAGUCGACGCUCCACAUGGCUGUCAGACUAACUUUGAUGCAAAAAUAAAAUUUUCCCCUCAAAAGGAAAUUAAAGUUGACGACACUGCUGACUGGUCACCACAGUCUGACAGCUGCUUCUUUGUAGAUUUAUCAAAAGAAGAUGGCACAUAUAGAGCGAAUCCAGUCAUCAUAUAUGAAGAGACAGGUGACUCUUUAACAGGUUCAGUGAGAGAGUCAAAGAUUUCUGAGCCACAGGAUAACGUUACCAUUCCUGUACCUCCCGUUCUAGCCUUCAACACCCAAAAUCUAGAGAGGGAUAUUCAAGUUCCCCUUCCAAAGCAAUCCAGUUCCAGUCCUCAAGAGGACAAGACAGUCAAGAUCAGUAAGACUAAUAAUUUCUUGGAAAAGGAAUAUAAAGGACUCAGGGUUAUUGCCCUUAAGAAAGACUCCCGCAUUUCAAUACUCAAUUUCAAAGAUGUUUCUCAACAGUCGUAUUUAAGAACAUCCUUAGAUAUCAGAGAGAAGUCUGACAAAGAGGCAAAAGUGACAGUCAGUUCUGGAAGUACUGGGGAUGUACAAUCAACAUGUCACCAAUAUUGUGUCAAGGCUGACACUGAGUAUGUGGAAAGGCCCCUUAGUUUGAGACAAUCCCAAACUUCAAGAUCAAAAGACCAGGAUGACGAAGUCAGAAGGAGUCCAUCUAAGACCUGCCAUCCCAGGGUCCUGCCUAGAGAAUCCUCCAGUCCUAAGAAAUCCAAACUGGAAGGUUUCUUCUUGAAAACUUUUCCAAUAGACAUCAACCCCCAAGCUAGGUUUGUGGAAGAGCAACAAGGAAAGCCAACAACAGUACCAGGACAUGAGGCAAAGCAGACACUGCUGACAGACACUGAACCAGGCGUAGGCAUCACCUCUCAGCCUCUCACUCCUCAUCCAGAGGACAGAGGGGCUUACCUUGGUAAUUUGAAUACACAACAAUGUAGUUCAAGCUCCUCUAAUUCACCACAAUCAAAAAAAUUAAAAAAGAAGAUGUUGACCCUUCCAAGCCUUGUCAGAUCUUUCAUCCCUCAGGAUAAACAGCCCGACCUCGGGCCAAAGGUGAAGUUUGAUGUUCCUCUUAUUCACCAAGAUAAAUCUACUAUUGCAGUGAAUGAUGCUUUACAAUCACCGCAAAAUGCCCUAAUUUCCCUUGCUGGAAACCCCAGUUACAGUCCCAUUGAGGGGAAUCUUCGCGGCAUCGGUUCUUGGACUGUGCAAAAUAAUGAUGGAAAUGACCACCAAAAUACAAUGACCAAGGCCUGGUCUUUGUCUCGGACCAGUUCAGACAGUUAUGAUGAGAGUUCUAGUCCCAUCUUGUCAGCCUUCAAACGAUUAUCUUCAAUGGACACGUCUUCCUCCAAAAGCCUGGAAAACCUUUCCUUUCAAACAACAUCUACCGUCUCCAGCUCAAAGCAGAUGAAAACCGACGUGUCCAUGACUGUUCUUCAGCAGGAGGAGAACGACAGUGACAGCACUUUUGAGACCGACUUGGGCUGGAGAAGGAACACAGGCAGCUCCACAUCAAAUUUCAGCCUCUCCUCAGGAAUGGCUUCAAUGUCGUCUGUGAGCGGCAGCGUCUGCAGCCUUUAUCCUGAGGACUUUGGAGACAUUGAAGUCCAGGGAAGCAUUCAGUUCGCUCUAAACUACAUUCAGAAGCUACAAGAGUUUCACAUAUUUGUCGUACACUGUAGGGAUCUAGCCGUGGCUGACAAUAAGAAGAACUGCUCUGACCCAUAUGUGAAAUGUUACCUUCUCCCUGACAAGACAAAGUUGGGAAAGAGAAAAACCACAAUAAAAAAGAAAACACUUAACCCCACCUACAACGAAAUCCUCAGGUUUAAAAUCAUAUUGGAAGUAUUCAAAACUCAGUCGUUGAACAUCUCCGUGUGGCACAGCAACACUUUUGGGCGGAACAGUUUCCUGGGUGAGGUGGAUCUCGAUAUGUCAGAGUGGGAUUUCAACAACACACACAUAAAUGAAUGUGCACUAAAGUCCAAGGUCUCAGGACAAAAUACAAGAGCGUCUCCCACACAUCUGAUGGACAGCAGAGGACAGAUGAGAGUUGCCCUAAGAUUCCUGCCACAGACGCCCCACGGUAAGAGAACAUCAAGGAUGGAGACUGGUGAGGUGCAAAUUUGGGUAAAAGAUUGCAAGAAUCUUCCUCCAGUCAGAGGAAUUGUUACGGACCCGUUUGUGAAAUGCACUAUACUUCCUGACACAAGCACGAAAAGUAGACAGAAAACUCGAGUGGUGAAGAGGGCGGCCAACCCGAUGUUUAAUCACACCAUGGUGUACAAUGACGUCCGAUUGGAGCACCUCAAAGAGGCUUGUGUGGAGAUGACGGUCUGGGAUCACGACCGACUAAACAACCACUACAUUGGCGGUUUAAGGCUUGGUUUAGGAACAGGAAAAAGUUACGGGGUGGAAGUUGUCUGGAUGGAUUCAACGACAGAUGAAGCAAAUUUAUGGCAGAGGAUGUUACAUUCUGAUGGUGAAUGGGUGGAGGAUGAUUUACCUCUGAGAAUGUUGGUAAUGGUAAAAAAGUGAGAUUGUACACACUGUGUUGAAUUGUUUGUGGAGACUUUAUUGGAGAACACUACAUGCCCAUUUGGAUGGAUCCACUAUGAUAACUAUGGUCUACACUAAGUGGAAGCAACAACCUUAGCCAUUAAUGUGUAUGCAUUUGUAGAAUUGAAUGGUGUAUUAAAAGCAAAUAUAUACUUUAACUUCUAUAGCCCAACCACAUGUUAAAUGUGUCAAUUUGAAAGGAGUUGAGGUUUAUAAUAAAAAUGUAUUUAACAUUUCAACUGUUUUGAUCUGAGUACUUUUGAGUUGUAGCACAAAUUGUAUACACUCCUGUUCAAGCUAUUCUUCAAUAAACAGUUAAUUAAUGGGAUGUGUGAUGAUAAUAACA